AUGUCUCAGUGCCAUGAGAGACGAGAGGAAAUAUUCCCGGACCCACUCGGCAUCGGGUGGCAGGUUGUCUGCUCAGCCGACAAGAAAUGCCAGCCUCCAUCUGAGGCAGAGCUGUGGCGUUGGAAGUCUGCAAGUGACCCAGAGCAGAGCGAGAUGGCGGCGACGCGGGGGGGGACGGUGUUGAAGCUCUUCGUCUACCCGGUGAAGUCGUGCCGGGGGGUGGCGGUGCGGCGGGCGCAGGUGACGCCGAUGGGGCUGCGGAGCGGAGAGCUGCGGGACAGGUUUUGGCUGGUGACCAAGGAAGAUGGGCACAUGGUUACAGCUCGCCAGGAGCCACGGCUGGUCCUCAUUUCUGUCAGCUGUGAAAAUGGGCACUUGACCUUGGAAGCCCCAGAAAUGGAGAAGCUGUGCUUGCCUAUAAAGCUGCCCAGGAAAAAUCCCGUGCAGAACUGCAGGGUGUUUGGACUGGAUAUCCAAGGCAGGGACUGUGGAGAUGAAGUUGCUCAGUGGAUCACCACUUUCCUGAACUCAGAGCCAUAUCGACUGGUGCACUUUGAGCCCUCCAUGGUGCCAAGAAAGUCAAAGGACAUAAUAAACCUUUUCCGAACCACAGAUGAGGUUGCCUAUCCUGACUGUAGCCCAGUCUUGAUCCUCUCAGAAGCUUCACUGGAAGAUCUAAAUUCCAGGAUGGAAAAGAAAGUUAAGAUAGAGAACUUCAGGCCAAAUAUUCUUGUGACAGAUUGCAGUGCUUUUGAGGAGGACACCUGGGAGGAGAUUCUUAUUGGCGAUGUGGAGAUGAAAGGGACAGUGUGUUGUGCCAGGUGUAUUUUAACAACUGUUAACCCAGACACUGGGGUCCUGGACAGGAAGGAGCCCCUGGAAACAUUGAAAAGUUACCGCUUAUGUGAUCCGUCUGAGCGACACAUACACAAAUCCAGCCCUCUCUUUGGAAGAUACUUUGCUGUUGACAAAACUGGAACGAUUCAAGUUGGAGACCCUGUGUACAAGAUGGUCCAGUAA